GGCAUUCACAGAGUGAAAGAUCAAACAUAAAACUCGAAAUCUCUCUUGAUAUUUCGAUUCCCAUUUUCCCACUGAUGAUUUCUUCUACAAUUGAUAAUGCUAGUAAACGUGUGCAUAAAAUUUUCCCAAUUGUUAAUCCAUUAAUAUGACUUCUUCUUUUCUGCACACAACAUGUUCGAUGGAAUGCCUCAGUGAAACCUUUCACGUCUUGAACUCCAAGCUUAGGCGCUACUAUGCAGACAAACAAUACAGGGAAACUCUACAUCUAUUCUCUCAUUUGUUUUCCAUUAAAAAAUCUGAUAUUUCAACUAUACCCAUUACAUUAAAAGCAUGUACAAAGCUAUAUGAGCUCAAAUUUGGGAGAAUUAUCCAUGGUUUUAUGAUUAAAAAUGGAAGUUCAAGGUUGAACUUUGGUGAAUCUGCAUUAGUUGAGUUGUACUCAAAAUUUGGUUCUAUGGAUGAUGCUAUGCAGGUCUAUAAAGAUUGCUGUAAACCAGAUGUUUUUCUUUGGACUGCUAUGAUUAGUGGGUAUGACAAGAAAGGCUAUUCAGAGAAAGCACUGUCAAUUUUCGUUGAGAAGAUGAAGACUGGUGAUUUCAUUCCUCAUCAGAUUACUCUGGUUAGUGUUGUCUCUGCUUGUACUAAAUUAAUGAACAAGAACAUGGGGAGAAGUGUUCAUGGAUUUGUAACUAGGAUGGGAUUCGAUACUGUUUUAUCUUUGGACAAUUCGUUGUUGAAUUUCUAUGGUAAGAUUGGAGCUGUUGAAGCUUCUGUUAAUCUGUUCAGAACGAUGAACAACGAAAGAGAUGUGGUCUCUUGGAGUACUAUGAUUAGUUCUUAUGCUCAUAAUGGAUUAUCCACUGAAGCAAUAGAUAGUUUUAACAAGAUGGUUUAUGAGAAUGUUGAGCCAAAUGCAAUUACUCUAAUUCACGUCCUAAAAGCAUGUGAAGAUACUUCUGAUCUAGAUCAAGGAAAGAAGAUUCACGAAUACGUUGUUCGUAAAGGGUUUGAAUCCGAUCCUUCGGUUUCCACUUCUUUAAUGUACUUCUACAUGAAAUGUGGUUCCAUUGAGAUCGCAGUUGAUGUGUUCGAUAGAAUGCCUAGGAAAGACGUAGUUUCGUGGAUAGCUUUCUUGAGUGGAUACGUUAAAAUUGGAAUGGCCCAUGAAGGCAUUAGCGUUUUCAAGAGAAUGUUACGAAGUGGAAUCAAACCUGAUCCGAUCGCCAUGGUGAAAUUCUUAUCAGCUUCUGCCGAAUCUGGGAACCUUAUUGAAGCUUGUUCUCUUCACGACUAUUUGGUUAAAGGAGGAUUCGAAGAAAAUGUUUUCGUUCAAUCUUCACUCAUCGAACUUUACUCGAAAUGCGGUGAGCUACAUUUUUCCAUGAGCGUAUUCGAAAGAGCAAAGAUUAAAGAUGUCUUCUUAUGGAGCUCGAUGAUAGCCGGUUAUGGAAUCCACGGCAGAGCCAAAGAAGCGGUUGAAUUAUUCAACGAGAUGAUAACUUCAGUUAGACCGAACAAGGUGACAUUCCUUUCUAUCCUAUCUGCAUGUAGCCAUGCAGGUUUAGUCAAAGAAGGGAUUCGUUUUUUCGAAAUGAUGGUUAAUGAUUACAAACUCUACCCUGAAUCGGCACAUUUUGGAAUUCUCGUCGAUUUGGUUAGCCGAAAUGGGGAAAUUGAUAAGGCGGUUGAGAUUAUUAACCGAAUGCCAAUCCAAGCAGGGGCUAAUGUAUGGGGGGCUUUGCUUGGGGCGUGUAGAAUUCAUGGGAAUGUGGAGAUAGGAGAGCUUGCGAUUAGGGAACUAUCGCGGUUAGACCCUGACCAUGCGGGUUACCAUAUUUUGCUUUCGAACAUGUAUUUUGUCGAGGGGAAAUGGGAAUUGGGAGCGAGUAUUAGAAAUGCGGUGAAAACAAAAAGGUUGAAGAAGACGACGGCGCAAAGUGUUAUCGGGAUUGGGAAUGAAAUUCAUAGUUUUGUAGCGGAUGAUAAUAUGCAUCCUUUUUGUAAUCAAAUUUAUAGUUUGUUGGGGAAUAUGUGGGGGGAAAUGAAUCAGGAAUGUUAUGUUUCUCAUAUGAACAACUCUUUGGUAUAUCAGGCUGAGGAAAUUUUGUAGAAUUACUUUCAAAUAUAAUCUAAUUUAUCUCCUUUUUAAA